AUGCUAUCUUUAUUGCCUUCUGAUUGCAAGGUGAAGUCAGCAGCCUGUAGAUUCAUCUUCUUCCUGAUUUUCUUUAUUGCCAAUGUCAAAGGUUGGAAGCAAUGCGACGGCGGUGGCGUUUGUCCAGAUUUUGCUACUUGUUGCCCCUCCGCAACACCUGGAGUUUCCUCCUGCAUUUCCAUGCGGUAUAACAAAGAUCCUGAUGACGCUACCGGUGAAUGCUGUGACGAAGCAACUGGCUGUCCUUAUGGAUUUUCCUGUGCUGUCAGACCCGAAAAUCCCAAAGAUCGAGGCAGUGUCUUGAUUCUUGCACCGCGGUUUUUGGCUCCCUCUGAUAUGAAACACAAACGAAAGAACCAGCAUCAGUUUCAAAAUCAAACCACAACUGAAUUUCUUUACUGGCAGAAUAGUGAGAAACAACCAAAGUAUGCAAUCAGUCAUAGUUGGCGUUAUGGUGCGGAUGCUUUGAAUGCCCCCGUUAGUAGCUACGAAGCUGUGGACAGAUUGGUCGAGCAUUUAGUCUCUUUUACGGCGCCAGGAACAGACACUCGUUGCUUUUCGAAUCUACGACAAGUGUCAAUUGUUGGACAUUCCGCUGGUGGUCAAUUGGUUCAGCGAUGGGCCUUGCUUUCGAAUGCAUUCAAGAUGAUUCGUCCUUCUUCUUGGACUACUGCUACUACUACUACUGCUAUCAAUGAUGAUCCUGGCUAUUCUAUGGACAUUCGGGCCGUGGUAGCGAAUCCCCGAUCCUAUUGCUACUUGAACGAAAAACGAAUGGUGGUGGUGAUGGACGGCAAUAGUAAUAAGGUAGAAGCACAUUGGGAGGUUCCGGCUGCCUCUCAAAUCAAAAAGUGUCCCGACUACAACCAGUGGACCUGGGGGCUCGAGCGUGGUGGUGCGUUGGACGAGGUAGUUCCGUACAAGGCGCGGAGAAUCAAGAGCGGGUCCGACGAAGAAGUCGCCCAUCGGUAUGCGAAUCGCAAGGUCUUCUAUCUGACUGGGGAAUAUGGCGACACGGAUCAAGACGACUUGUGUGCAACACGUGACUUUCAAGGUCAUAAUCGACAUGAGAGGGCCCUUUACUAUGUUGCGGCCCUGAAUGCCUACUUUGGUAGUGGUAACUCUACUCCUGGAAGCUCCAAUAACUCGGUGCUAAGGCAUGAAUUGCACACCAUUCCCGAAACGCCACAUGACCACAUACUGAUGUUUCAAAGUGUUGCCGGUCGACGUGCCAUCAUGGAGCUAAUCGAAUAA